AUGGCAGUCGAAACUGCCGCACCGAGCGCGAACGGCGGCGCCCCCCAACUCUCCUUCCCGCGCGACAUCUUCGCCGCCCUCUCGCCCGCACCCUUCCUUCUCGCCCACCUCGACGCCAAUGCCAAUGCCACCGCCGCCUCCGACAGCACCACCGCCGCAACCGCAACCCGGCCCAACGGCCGCGCGCCGACCGAAAGCCGCGCGCCGACCAUCAACACGGGCUCGCUGACGCACUGCGCGGGCAGCGCCGUCGUGCGCGCCGGCGACACGGCCGUCGUGUGCGGCGUGCGGGCCGAGAUCCUCAAGGCGGCCGACGUGCCGAACCCGCCGCGGCACGCCGAGGACGAGAAACGGGAUGACGACGAUGACGACGACCACGACGACAGAGAGGAACUGGAACGGUUGGGCUUGCUGGUGCCCAACGUCGAGCUGGCGACGGGCGCGACGCCGGCGCUGAUGCCCGGGCAGCCGCCGUCGCAGAGGGCGCAGGCGCUGACGAGUAGGCUGCUGGGGGCGAUGCUGGCGGCGGGGGUGGUGAGGGCGGGGGAUUUGAGGGUCGUGGGGGAGGUGCCGAGGAUGGGGGAGGAAGGGGAGGAAGGGGAGGAAGGGGAGACGGAGAGGGAGGUCAAGGCGUAUUGGGCGCUUUAUGUGGAUGUGUUGUUCAUCAGCUUGGAUGGCAACGCGUGGGAUGCUGCGUGGGCGGCCGUCGUUGCGGCGCUGAAGGACACCGUCUUGCCCCGCGCGUGGUGGGAUGCGGAUAUGGAGGCGGUGUUGUGCUCGGAUCGCGUGGAGGAGGCGAGGAGGUUGAGGUUGAGGGGGCAGCCGGUGGCGUUGACCUGUGCGGUCUUCGAGCCCGGGAAGGGGAGGGGUGUUGGGGCGCCGAAGGUGUUGGGGGUUGGUGGAGUGGAUGGUGGGAAGGCUGCGGGGGAGCAGGAGAGGGCGUGGGUGUUGGCGGAUCCCGAUGCGUUUGAGGAGACAAACUGCCAAGAGACGGUCAGCGUGCUGGUGGAUGUGGUGGACGGGCAUUGUGUGCUACAUGGCAUUGAGAAGAGCGGUGGCGGUGUUGUGGGCAGGGAUGUGCUCCAUGGCGUGGUGGGGCUGGCAGAGGAUAGGUGGAAGGUCUGGGACAAGGCGUUCAGUGAGGCUGGCGGCAAGAGUUGA